AUGGACUCAAUCGUCUCGCACAUUGGAAGGAAAGGCAACUGCACGUUCUGCGGAGUUUUCAGACGGCAGGCGCUUGACCGAGGAGCAAGCAUCCUCGAGGCAGACAAGAUAGUGACAGGACACAAUGCCGACGACAUCGCGGAGACGGUUCUUCUCAAUAUCCUCAGAGGAGACGUUCCUCGUCUGCAGCGAUGUACUCAGAUCUCAACGGGUAUGGACGGCAAUCUCCCUCGCAGCAAGCCGUUCAAGCAUGCAUACGAAAAGGAGAUCGUCAUGUGA